CUGACCUGACCCCAUCAGAUUGGAUUCGAUGCGAGCCACAGUGCGGGACGCAUUGGGUGUGUGUGGUGGGUGUUUGGCGCAGCAAGCCCAGGCCUCGUGUACCUCUGUACCUUCCUCCACAGCGACCGGGGCAGGGCCCUCAACCGACCUACGCAACCAGGAAGUUACCACCACCUCCCGAACUUGACAAGGGAAUGGGUUCUCUUCCGGACGCCGUGGUGAAUGCGAGGUGGAUAUGGAGGACGCUUUUCUGUCUUUCAUCACCCCUUCCGGUGAACAUCCUCAAUAUUACUUUUGUCGGACCGCAUCCAUGCUUGGCACUGGCAACAAUUGGCCUUUCUGCUCCUCUCUCGCCGCGUUGAGAAAACACCACCGCCAUCCUCCAUUGUUGUACUUGGACCACGACCGGCAUCUUUCCUCCUCCAUAGCCUUUUCGACGCAUGUCUCUUAGAUCCUACCGUACAUGACUGGGAUCAGCAAAGACCCUAUAACCAGUUGGGCUUGAACCUAGACCAAAGAGACGCUUCCGCCUCGAACUCACUCACUCACCAACACGCCAUUCACCCGACCUGACCUUCCUUGUCAUCAUUGAGCCUUUCAGGUGUAGAACAAACGACCGUUCUUCAUCUUCUGUGCUCCACCCGCUUGCCGCCUUUGACUUGCUCACUGGCCCAUCGUUCUGGACAUGUCUCUGCCCUCUUGAUCGGCUGGAAUGGAGCCAGGCAAACAAAGUGCCACUCAAUAUUCUGUCCCAUCUAGCUAGACGGGCCUCAGCUUGUACGCCAAACCCAAUCAACACAAAGAAUCACCCACGAACUUCUGCCACAUCUGCGAACGAUCCCGAUCGGUAGUGACUCGAUAAUCCACGAAACCCCACGCACCGCUUCGACCACCGUCACUCAUGUAUCCAGGCGCCUCAAGACAGCUGGCUCCCCUCGCGUACCAAUUCCCUCCGUCGCCCAACUGCUCGUCGUCUUCGAUCCCCACACGAGAUAUCUCACAACCCUCCAAGAACCCUAGUCCCGGAGGUGCUGCUCUACUUCUGAGCGGCCUUCGGACACCUCCGUCAGACGAAAUGGGGACUACCUACCAAGCUCCGAAUAUUGGCCAGCAUGACACUAACCCGUAUCCUUCACUGAAUGGAUAUUCUGGUCCGAGGUCAAGGUCGUCCGUGAGCAGCGGACAGGUUGUGUUGGAUAGCUACCCAAGAUACCACCAAUACGCAAACCAAGUGUCUGGAAGAGAGCACCAGAUGCCGACCACGCAGCAAUCACAACAGCAACCUUCACAGGUUUCUCACCCCCAGCCAAUUACUCGGGACUCGCAGCCCACACAGGCUACAACUGCAGUCUCAUAUCCUCCUCAGACAGCCGUGUCCCAGCCCUCUCGAGCCUCGACACCAAAAUCAGGUGGAACAGUCACCUCUCAGGUCAGCAUGUCACAGAAGGAUGUUGCCAGCCUGGCUGGGCAGAGCCUAGAGAUACCCAUGUGCAUCAGCCCGAGGGGCGGAAGCUUGUCUGUACUGGCGGCGCAGAUGACCACAUUUUUCUGGUUUGAACCAUGCCCAGUCCACCAUUUGGCCGAAAAGCUCGUCUCCUCGUCGCCUUCCGAACCGGUCCCAAGUCUGAAUGCCCUCGCGAUACCAACACCAGAGUUCAAGUCGUGGGUCCACAGCGUGCUUUCAACCACCCAGGUCACGCAAAAUGUCAUCCUCUUGGCUCUUCUUUUCAUACACCGGUUGAAGACUACGGUCCCCGAUGUGCGAGGAGCCCGUGGAAGCGAGUACCGCCUGCUAACCGUAGCCUUGAUGCUUGGCAACAAAUUCUUGGAUGACAACACAUACACAAACAAGACCUGGGCUGAGGUCUCUGGCAUCACCGUCAAGGAUAUCCACGUGAUGGAGGUGGAGUUUCUGAGCAACAUGCGAUAUAGCCUGUUGGUUUCCAAGGCACAAUGGGAGCAGUGGCUGGUCAAGCUUUCCAAGUUUUGGGAGUACUGCGAGAGAGCAACUCGGCCAGUGCUCUCUCCCCUCACAAUACCUUCGCCUACACGCUCAGUGGCAAACGCUUCGAUUCGAUCGCCGACUGGUCACCUGGUGCUCACCCCCACCCUGCACUCAACCCCGACCACACGCAGUCCUUACGAUGUGACCUACCCUGUCCACAACCAGUGGCCAGCUCAAGCCACGCCGCAGACAUCCUCGGCUGUAUCUGGUCAACCUGAUUCUAGGAAUGGAUUCAACAAACGCCCCUACGCCGAUGAGGAUCCCACGGAGCCGCCUUCCAAGAGGGUAGCCAUGCAUGUCCAGAGCGUUCCUGCACAGCCUACAAACAUGUACAGCCAAGCUCGCCAGCGACCCGCGGCUUCUCUGGAACCGCUACGCUUGCCUGUUCCAAACCUGACGGUCAACACGGCUCCAAAUCCAGCUCAGGCGGCUUACAACUCAGUAGUCAGCCACGUCCCUCUUCAGCAGUCAGCUCUCUCCCUCCCUCCAAUGGUUCCGGGUGUCAGGGCUAUGGCUACCGUGUACCCUUCGAGCACCACUGCGACAAACUUUUCUGGGAAUGUGGCGACGAGCUCGGUUCCAACCUCAGUGUCAACCCCACUGGCCACCUCUGCUCCGGGUGGCUUCCCACCGAUGACAAACUACGCGACGCCAACAAAGCGACACAGCCCUGGAUCGCUCACACCAGCUGCUGCCGCUGCUCUAGGAAAUUCAUCACCUCUGAGCGAAUCUUUCGGGCAUGGUCAGCACGGUGUUCGCACCCCAAUAACGCAGUCACCAUCUGUCUACUUGCAGCAUCGGUCAAGCCCUUACCGACCCGUGAGGCACGUCAAUACUCUACUUUGCCCGCCGCCUUCUUCGAGCCUUCACGAGUAUCACCUCUCUGGCCCGAACCCCACCAUGGUCGCACCAGCCCAAAUGCAUUACCAGCCACUGGGCCGCAGACACGAGUACCACACCGGAAUUGUCCCAGAGUUUACCCUCUCUGCACAGCAGCAACAAGCACAGGCCCAUUACGCACGUCAAGAAGUACCCAUGCCGCCUACAUAUCGACAGAUUCCUGGACAACCACAAAUGCGUCCUGUCGUAGGACACAAUCUCCAAGAGCCCAGUCACUCGCACAUGCAAUUUCUCAACUAGGAGCGAGAUUACUUGCAUGCCAAGCUGAGCAUGAUUGCAGCUUGCGAUCGCAUGACUGGCUUUGGGGAACCCUCGGUCGCGCCUCGUCUGGCGUCAUUUCAUUGUUCACCCUCAUUGGGGUGGCGUUGUAACAUUUAACACCUUUUUUCAUGAUCUUCGUAGCAUUUUUAGGCGGUAUCUGGUACCGAGGCGUUUUUCACGUUCAUUUGAUUCUAGAUUCUUUUCCCCGACUCACGAUUGGGGCCGAAGCAUCUCGUCCUGUGCAUAUACAGCAUUGCAUCGUCAUGGCGUUUUUUUCUCCUUUUGUUUAUUUGAUCGGGGCUAUUUUUUUCGACACAGGCUUACGGCGCACUGCUGUGCGGUGAGCCAUCAAACAUGAUGUAUUGACUGGCAGGUAAAACUGUAUUUUACAUGAUAUCGUCGAUUUGACUAUCGAAGGAAUGGCUCGUUGGGCUCGGCCAAACCUGGCAUCUUUGCACACAUGGUUUGAUGAGAAUGUCUGGAUGGCGAAAAAAAGGAUAUGGCAGUAUUUGCCGGUUGGCAUAAAACAAAGAUACUCAACAUAUUGUUGGGACAUGAGGCAUGAGAUCUGCCAGUUACUUGCUAGAUAGUCUCGAGGAAAGGUAACGCCUGUGGGUCAUCUUGGGUGUGCUCAUCAGGCUGAGAAACAAAG